GUGAGGGGGGGCUUGCAGGGAUGAAGAGCGCGAAGAUCCCAUGACGCUCCACAAUGACAUCACCGGGUCUGAAAGAGGCGCAAGAGGCGGAUGGGAGGCACCCCCACUUAUUAGAUUUCGUCGGAAGGUCCUGCUCGCAAGAGAGGAUGCUGCUGCGCCUCGGCGAGGAAGUCGGGUGAUGUGCGCCAAUGGGACGGAUGAUUCUAGGCUUCUUCCCGAACUUCCAUCGCUCCACGGACCAAAAAAGCAACUCAUGAGAUCCACAGACCCGAGUCCUUAAAGCGGGGAUCGCUUUAUCAUGUGAGGAAACGUUUUAGGAACACAUCUGGCUCCGUGCGCCAGGUUGGAGAGCUCCAUGUUCACUUUUUGUUUUCCUUUUUGAUCAACCGACUGGAAACACUGGGACUGAGCCUUUGAAGUUAAGAACACGUUGAUUUCGUUAUGGAGUCAUCGUGAAAAAAUUCACUUUUUUCUCUUUGCUUUUACUUGUUUGAUAAGUGCGCGUUUCCAAACGAGUACGCACGCUCUGCACAUGUUCAAAUUUACCCUGAUCCAAUUUCUUAUAUAAUUGCAAUUAACAGAACUGUGUUAGAUCGUUUUUUUAUCUAAUUUAAUUGGAACACAAAUUAAUCAUCAAAGACAAACCGACCUGAAAAAAGAAGUGAGAACUCAUACUCUGCCCUGCUCUGUUUUAAUUCCAACCCGUUUUACUGUUGACUCGGUUCUGUCAACACAUGUUUUAUAACUCUGCAAGGACUGGCGCACCUCAUCAGAAUCAUUGCUUCUUCUUUUUUGGUCUUUUUUCUUUUUUUUUUUUCUUUUCUUUUUUGAGAAGAUUGAUACCGAGAGCUGAUAAGAAACCCGUCUAUGCGCUUUGACGCACUAACCUGCGGGUUUUGUGCUUCAAACGAACUUGGAGUUGAAAUGUUGCGGAGAAUUGCAAAGGAUCAUGUGAAGGCACAGAGAGAGAACUAGACGAACUGAGAUAAAUAAUCCGGGCAUGGCUUCAGCAGUGGAAGGCGGUUGCUCCAUGCUGCUCACCGGCUGGAACGGCAGUGCGAGCAGCUCCGGAGGCUCCGCGCCCUGCAACCAGAGCGUCCGAUCCCUCGCUCCUUAUUCCCCUGAAGCUACGGCGGUCUUCGCCACCGCCAUAACACUAAUGGUCGUCUUCACCAUCUUCGGAAACAUCAUGGUCAUUAUUGCCGUGCUGACCAGCAGGGCUCUGAGAGGUCCACAGAACCUGUUCCUGGUGUCUCUGGCUGCUGCGGACAUCUUAGUGGCCACUCUCAUCAUCCCCUUCUCCCUGGCCAACGAACUGUUAGGCUACUGGUACUUUAAAUCUCUGUGGUGUGAGAUCUACCUGGCGCUAGACGUGAUGUUCUGCACCUCCUCCAUCGUGCACCUGUGCGCCAUCUCAUUGGACCGCUACCUGUCCAUCUCCCGGGUCACUUAUGGGCGCCAGCGGACUCCCAGACGCAUCAAAGGCGCCAUUGUGGUGGUGUGGCUGAUCUCUUCCAUCAUUUCCUUCCCCCCUCUGCUCUCGCUCAACAAGAGGGAGGUUGGUGAUGCAUCAAGUGAGGGAGGACCUCAGUGCAGGUUGAAUGACGAGCGCUGGUACAUCUUGUACUCCACCAUAGGUUCCUUCUUCGCCCCCUGCCUCAUCAUGAUCCUGGUAUAUGUGAGAAUCUACCAAAUAGCCAAACAGAGAACACGCUGCCCACCUGGCGAACCCAGGAAGGAUGGGGUCGGCUGUGCAACUCCAAGUCAGCCUCCACGACACAUACAAGCCAACGGAAAGGAUGAUGAAGAAAGCACUCCCCCUUCAGCCAGCAAAACCUCAAAUGCCAGACCCCCCACUCUUGCUAUCACCCCUUCUCCAUCCCCGGGAGAUUCCCAAAGUCCCCAGAAUCCAAGCCCUAACAAUCUCCUGCAGCCCCCUUCUCAGUCUCCAGCCAUGUCUCCCACCACUAAUCCCCCGGACACCUCCCUUCAUGCCCCUUCAAACCCCUCCGCCAAGCCCGCACCCCAGUCUGCAUCCAAGACCAAGCAGGAGGUGAAGAAGGCCAAACAGCGGAGAGGAAAAAAGGCUGACAAUAACAAUGGCGACAGCUCAAGCACGGAAAGCGAUGCAGAGCACAGCCAGGGAGGGGGCCGAGGCAGCGUCAGCAUGCCGGGGUCACCUGCUGGAGGGGGCAUCCACUCCCCAGCCUCAGUGAAGCGCUACCGUGACAUGAUCGCCACUUCGAAGGGGGCGCGCCUGGUGCCAGGAAGGAAGUCAAGAACAGAGAACAAUCCGGGGGCUGCGAGGCGUAAGGCGAUGGUCAACAGAGAGAAGCGUUUCACCUUCGUCCUGGCAGUGGUCAUCGGCGUGUUUGUGGUCUGCUGGUUCCCCUUCUUUUUCUCCUACUCGUUAGAGGCGGUGUGCCCAGAGACCUGCACCAUUCCCAAACCGCUCUUUACGUUCUUCUUCUGGAUUGGCUACUGCAACUCUUGCCUUAACCCAGUCAUAUACACAAUCUUCAACAAAGACUUCAGAAAGGCUUUUAAAAAGAUUCUGUGCUCAAGCACCAAGGGUACUUUCUUUUAGCAUAUGAAUGUGCUGCGCAAGACGUGGACACAGAAAAAGCUUCUUCAGAGGCAAAGCAGAACAAUCAUUUGAACUUUUCAAACAAUCAAAGGGCUGUUUUAAAAAAAAUAUCUAAAUAUUAAAAUGUGGAGAUUCUGGUGUGAAAUUUAGAACCGAUGGACACUUUUUCAGCCACAAUGUGCAAACAUAGAAAUUUAACUGUGUUUUAAUCACUGGUUGAAGUUGAUAGACAUCGAUUUCUGUAUGAGAAGAGUUGGAAAGGGGAGCUGACUGCAUCAAACUGCUUGACGCUUCGGCGCUGCUGAUAAGAUUCCAAAUGCUGAUAGGACUCCUAAAGCAGCGCAUUAUCUCCAGAUAAUAUUAACUCUUGAGCACAGCGCUGCACAAAUGUACAUGAAGAUCCACAUUUUGCAGGAAACGUCCUGAGAACUAAGUUUUCAUUGUGAAUAAAGACUUUUUAAAUAUGUACAUAAGAACUGGCUAUAGAAAGGCAAGUGACCUUAGAUUCCUGUGUGCCAGGGGGCCUUUUAUUUAUCAGCACAGAGCACAAGGAGGACACAAGGUUAGCGGUGAUUUCUUACGUCUGUAGUCUUAAUUCGUCCUGCUGCAGGGCAAACAUGUGUUCCUUGAUUUUAAAGAGCAACAACAAGAGAAGGUUUCAAACGAUCUCAGAUGUGAUAGCACAAACAAGGGCGCCCUUUCAAAGGCAGCUCACAGACGUCUUAUGUGGAAAGCCACCUUUGCUCUUGGCUUUUGAAGGAGGUCCUAAAAUGGUUCCUACCUUCUUUUUUUUUCUUUUUCUUCUUCCUGUGCCACAGAACUAAAACGAGUCGUGGGUCACUUUAAAAUCAUGUGCAGGUUAUUGAUAUUUAGACCUCUUGACAUGUUGUUUCCUGUGUUUAACUGGACUGCCGUGUUUAAUGGACUGGGCCGCGAGGAUCUCAUCCGACAAGCUGGACUUUACGUAACAAUCAGAAGUGCGUUGAUCCUCCAUCAGAGCUCAUUAACCAUGAGGAGCAUCUGCUGAAGACUGAAAAAAAAAACUACAAUGUUAUUUAAAUUACAAGCGUUAUUUUCAGAGAAAAAAAAAACUGCUAGUAUUUACCAGGUAGACACUUAAGAGUGACUCUGGAAGGUGGAUGAACAAUGCAAUUAUGGGUGCUUGAUGUUCCCCUUAAUUACACCUACAGGGGUUAUGGUGAACAAUGUGUCUGAGUGGCUCUUCAGCGGCACACGGAACACGGGGUCACCCACAGCGGCUCCUCGCCGGGUCGCUGCAGGGAGGCGAGACAGGGUGGAUGGAUGGUGGAGGUACUGACAGUGAUGAAAACAAGAGAGUAAGAUGUGUCUAACUGUGAACGCCACAACAGGCUUAUUAUCGACUCUAUGGGACAAGGGCUGUCAGCAGUGACACACCAAUUUCCUAAUCCUGCUGACCUGUAUGAAUGUUUAUGUGUGUGUAUCUGCAUGUUGGGUGACUUUAUUGUUUGUUUUCUUCUGUAGAAACAGCCAGCGGCUCCGCUGGCUGCUAUGCUACAGAUCUACUGUAAAAUUGAUCAGAGCAGUGUCAAGAUUUGCAGGUACAGGCAACAUAUUACUGUCAGCGGAGGGGGAUCUCUACAUUGAAACAGUUCCUACCACGCUACAGUAAAAAGCCAGUGUUUCUCCUUGUGAUCUGAGUGCAUGGCUUUCCAGUAAGCUCCCUGCAGGGACCAAAGAGCCUCACAGAACACCAGCCUGACUCAGUGAUUUCUGGCUCUGUGAUGUAUUCAUCAAGUAUUCUUCGUUUUUGGUGUAUAUGAACGGGACGCACAGAUUGAAAAUUGAUUUGCUUUGCAUAUUCUGUCUGUUACCUAUUUAUUUGUAAUUAUACUAUGCUUUUAAUGCAGAGAAUUAAGCAAACUGAUCAAAGAGUGAGAAAACUGUACAGAUUUUUAAGUUCUUCUAUAAGAGUGAAAUUCUCUUUUUACCAUCAAAGUUCAUGCCUGGUGAGAGCGCAAUUUAUUUGAAGUAUUUUGCAAGGAGUCCAAAAUGCUACAUUUGCCCUUUCCAUCCAGUCAUAGUCGUGGGAACUCUUUCAUCAGAGCUACCACCACAUUCAGCAGGGUGUCCGUUGCUGCUGUUGUCAAACUUUCCUCAGAACAGCGAUCUAGCAUGGAAACAUCUACAGUACACAGAAACACCAAUGCAUAUAGCAUGGAGCUGCUGGGAGGUUUAAAUAUGAUUUAAUCAAAUAGAUAUGAGCCAGAGCUUUGUGCCCUUGUUUAACAGUUCCCUGGACUUGUUUUUAAAAAUCCAGCUUCAGUUCCAUAAAACAACAAUAAAAAGAAGCCACCAAGGUCACAUUUGUGUUUGUUUUCAAUAAAUUUGACUUGCAAAGAUGUUCAAACCUCAUCCAAUAUAGUCUUCUGUGACAAGUGUGCUACUUGAUUUAUUUAUAAAAGUCAAAAUUCAUGGCUUAAAGGUCACAGAUGCAGUUAAUUGCCAUCCUUCUGAAGCUGCCUGUUUUGUCUCUCCCCCAACCGUGUUUGGACCAAACUCCCGGGUCUAAGCUUUGCAAUCUACUACAUCCCAUCUGUCAUGGCCUCCCUCACCACCCCUCCAGUUUGGAAAUAAAGCAACUUGAAAAAGCAUGAGUCAU